AUGGAGCCUUCACCUCUUGAGUUACCAGCUGAUACAUUGCAACGCAUUGCAUCUGAACUUAGAUGUCACCCAACAGAUGAGAGAGUUGCUCUCCACCUCGAUGAAGAAGACAAGCUGAGGCACUUCAGGGAGUAUUUUUAUAUUCCCAAAAUGCAGGAUCUGCCUCCAAUUGAUUUAUCUUUGGUGAAUAAGGAUGAAGAAGCUAUCUAUUUCUCAGGAAAUUCUCUUGGACUUCAACCAAAAAUGGUUAAAACAUACCUGGAAGAGGAACUAGAUAAAUGGGCCAAAAUGGGAGUCUAUGGUCACAGUGUAGGGAAACGUCCUUGGGUUAUAGGAGAUGAGACUAUUUCAGGACUUAUGAGUGACAUUGUGGGAGCCAAUGAGAAAGAAGUAGCCCUAAUGAAUGGUUUGACUGUUAAUUUACAUCUUCUACUGUUAUCAUUUUUCAAGCCUACACCCAAACGGUAUAAAAUUCUCCUAGAAGCCAAAGCCUUCCCUUCAGAUCAUUAUGCUAUUGAGUCACAGCUUCAACUUCAUGGACUUGACAUUGAGAAAAGUAUGCGGAUUAUAAAGCCAAGAGAGGGGGAAGACACAUUGAGAUUAGAGGAUAUCCUUGAAGUAAUUGAGAAUGAAGGUGACUCUAUUGCAGUGAUCCUUUUCAGUGGUCUUCAUUUUUAUACUGGACAGCUCUUUAAUAUACCUGCCAUCACAAAAGCAGGACAAGCAAAGGGUUGUUUUGUUGGCUUUGAUCUAGCACAUGCAGUUGGAAAUGUUGAACUUCACUUACAUGACUGGGGAGUUGAUUUUGCCUGCUGGUGCUCCUACAAGUAUUUAAAUACAGGAGCAGGAGGUCUUGCUGGUGCCUUUGUCCAUGAAAAACAUGCCUAUACAAUUAAACCUGCGUUAGUGGGAUGGUUCGGCCAUGAACUAAGCACCAGAUUUGAGAUGGAUAACAAACUGCAGUUAAUCCCUGGAGUCAAUGGAUUCCGAAUCUCAAAUCCUCCCAUUCUGUUGGUCUGUUCCUUACAUGCUAGUUUAGAGAUCUUUAAACAAGCAACUAUGAAAGCACUGAGGAGAAAAUCUAUUUUGCUAACUGGUUAUCUGGAAUACAUGAUCAAGCAUUACUUCAGCCAGGACAAAGCAGAAAGCAAGAAAACAGUCGUGAACAUAAUUACUCCAUCUUAUAUAGAGGAACGUGGCUGCCAGCUAACCCUAACAUUUUCUAUUCCAAUAAAAUACGUUAUCCAAGAACUAGAAAAAAGAGGAGUGGUUUGUGACAAACGGGAGCCAGAUGGCAUUCGAGUGGCUCCAGUUCCUCUCUACAAUUCUUUCCAUGAUGUUUAUAGAUUCAUCAAUCUGCUCACUUCUGUACUUGGCUCUGUAGAAACAUAA